GUCUCAAGUUAAAAUGAAAAUGUAGUUUAAUUUGACAUAAUACUUAUUUGGACAAGUUUCAAAAACCACUUAAGUUCUAUACUAUCAUAUUAUGAUAAUGUGCUGAAUGGCUGAGGUUUCAGGUAGAACUAUUCCCACCGCGGGGGAAGGAGGGGCAGGCAGUGAGAAUUCAUCUGCUGAUGGAUCAGUAUACUGUCUCCCGUGCACACAAGACGGCACAAAGAUUUCGGCCGAAGGAUUUUGCAAGAACUGUAAGGAACACUUAUGUUCUCCGUGUAUUAAGUACCACAAGAAAUUCGGGAUCACUAAGAAUCAUUCGAUACUUGAUAAAGAGCAAAUGCCCUCUACAUCUGACAAAUCAGAAGGCGAAAUGCGAUGCAGCGAACUAUGCCCUCACCACCCCACGGAAGUAAUAAAAUUUUACUGUCCAACUCACAAUACAGUACACUGCGGAGAUUGUGUUGCAUUUGAACACCGAGGCUGCAAGAUUACUUAUAUCCCUGAUGUAGCGAAGGACUACGUAGACAGUGAAGAAUUUAGAGGCAUGAGAAACCUUGAUGUAGAUGAAGAUUUUACAAACUGCGUAGCUGAAAUAGACAAAUGUUUAAGUGAGGCUGAAGAGGUAGCCCACUCCGAGCUUGAAAAGAUAAGACAAGUCCGAGAUUAACUAAAUGCACAGAUAACGAAACAGGAACAUGAACUUACACUAAAAUUGAACCAGAUAAAGGAAAGACAGAAAAAGUUCUUGAAGGACAGGAUGGCACGUGUAUAUGCUAAGAAAUCAGAAUUAGGGACUAAAAAUGUUAACUUGACGAAUAAUCAUGACGAUAUUGCCAAGCUUUUCGUCAAAGGAAAGCAGUUUGAGGGAUUGUUAGCUACCUGUCAAACAACAGUUGCUGAUAUCAAAGAAGGUAGUGCACGUGGUUUCUAUAGUUUUAAGAGAAACCCUAUGAUAGAUAAGCUCAUUCAGUCUACUGGGGUUCUUGGUGUAAUUGUAGAAGAAGGUUCUUCAAAAGAAACAGACAUGGACAAGGAGAAAAGUUUAAAAAUGGUGAGAUCAUCAGCUGCUAAAUCUUUUGACAUAAUGCGGAAAGAAAUAAAACCAUUGGGAAAGAUUCCAUUGUUGCCUCAAUUACAGCGUACUCUUACAGCAUCAUGUAUAACUGUCCUGUCCGAUGAGCGUCUGCUUAUUACCUAUAAUGGACGUUUGUCAUUAACGAUGCUCGACACCAAAAGCAAUUUGCUGCUCUCAAGCUUGGAGCUUUCGAGCAGACCGUGGGAUUUGUGUCUUGUGUCGCGCGACAAGGGUGUCGUCACCAUGCCAUAUGAGACUAAGAAUAUGCAGUUCAUAUACAUCGGAGAUACCGAGCUUUCUCUUGAUUACAGUAUUAGUGUAUCAGGUUAUUGUUAUGGCGUAGAUUGUUUUGAAAAUAAAUUGUACGUAUGUUACGGUCAGCAGAAGAAAAUUGAAGCCAUGACAAUGGAUGGUAAAGUCAUCCAUGAAGUAAGCAAUAAUACAACUGGAAAAUAUAUAUUCAACAGCUUGAAGUAUAUCAAAGUCCAGGCAACAUGAAGCUCUAACUUCAUAUAUGCAUCAGAUGCUGGACGAUUUACAAUAACACAAUUAAAUCUGAGUCUGGAAAUACUCAAAACCUUUGAAAACCCAGAGCUGAAAUGUCCUUUCGGCUUGGAAGUCGUUGAUUCCACUCAACUGCUAGUCUGUGGAAAGGACAGUGACAUCGUUUUCGUGCUGAAUACUUCAAAUGGCGCAAUAACCAGGCUGCUUGAAAUAUUACACCCAGCUUGUGUUUGCUUUUUCCGAGACAUUGAGAAACUGUACGUUGGUGUGGCAAAUACAUAUGAAGCACAUGACAUCUUGAAAUUUGAUAUUAAAUAGAAGGAAUUUGUAACGAUGAGAAGAUACAAUUGUUUAUCAUUUCUCAAAACAAGUAUACCUUUUGCAGCCGUUUCGCCAUAUUUUCAAGUAAAAAAGUUAUGUUCUCAAUGAAAAUGUAAAGAAACUUCGAAAACACAUUACAAAACGUAGACAAGGAUUAAGACGUUUCCAAUGUUUCUGAAACUUGUAAUGAG